ACCAAUCGUAUCAAAUGUUUAAUUGACGUCAUCACGAAGCGCCAGAGGAUUCCGGAGACUUUCCCCACAUGUGAAAAAUGCAUGAGGGCACUAUUUAGAUGUUUUUCUCUUUAGCAAGUAUUUAUUCUUCGGUCAGCACCAAGAAAUAACAAUCUUUAGCAUUUUCUUUGAUUGACUUAACAUAUUUUCUAAACCUGAAUUCAACAUUUGUCGCGUUAGCAAACUUUUCAGCUCUCAAGGUAGGCAGCUAAUUUAAGUUAGCCACCUUGGUACCAUCUAACGUUAGCUAGCUAUCAUGGAUAACUCGGACGAAAAUUCGGUACAAUUCCACGGGGAUGAAGAGAUUAUAGAAGUCAUCGACCUUAACGAAACAGAGCAAAACCCAGAUGAUUUGGCGGAUGAGUUCGAGGACGUGGACGUCGGAGAGACUGAGGACAGAGACAAUGAACAGGAAGACUGGGAUACCGACGACGAGAUGGAGCAGGAAAAGGAGCAAGAUGACAGCGAACUCACCUUUUCCAAACACACGGGCUCCGUGUUCUGUGUGAGUCUGGACCCAGCCACAAACAGCUUGGCUGUGACCGGAGGAGAGGAUGACAAGGCCUAUGUCUGGAGAGUGAGUGACGGGGAAGUGCUGUUUGAAUGUACAGGCCAUAAGGACUCCGUGACAAGUGUUUUAUUCAGCCAUGAUUCUUCCCUGGUGGCCACGGGGGACAUGAGCGGGCUGAUCAAGGUCUGGAAGGUGGAGACCAAGCAGGAGGUGUGGUCCUUCGAGGUGGGAGACCUGGAGUGGAUGGAGUGGCACCCCUGCGCCCCGGUGCUGCUGGCGGGCAUGGCGGACGGUAACGUUUGGAUGUGGAAGAUCCCAGGGGGUGACUGUAAGACCCUGCAGGGCCCUGGCUGCCAGUCGACCAGUGGAAAGGUCCUUCCAGACGGGAAGAGAGCUGUGGUGGGCUAUGAAGAUGGCAACGUACGACUUUGGGACCUCAAGCAGGGAAAUGCCACCCAUGUGAUUAAAGGUCAUGAUGGACACCAGGGGGCGCUGACGUGCCUGGCCUGUAACAAGGAUGGCUCUCUGGUGCUGACGGGCUCUGUGGACGGCCGUGCCAAGCUCAUCAACACUGCCACUGGCAAGGUGUUGGGUGUGUUCUCUGUGGACGAGGGCAAAGCCAAAGCCUCUCAGGAGGAUGCUGAGGAGACCAACUCGGUGGAGUCAGUGGGGUUCUGCAAUGUGUUGCCUCUGAUAGCGGUGGCGUAUCUGCAUGGGACCCUGGCUAUCUAUGACCUCUCCUCACAGGUCCUCAGACACAAGUGUCAGCACCAGGCUGGAAUUGUUAAACUGCAGUGGGAGGAGUCAUCCUCUGUGGUGUCCACCUGUAGUCUGGACGGGGCGGUGAGGCUGUGGGAUGCCCGCUCGGGAACCAUGGUGUCAGAGUACCGUGGCCACCAGGCGGAGAUCCUUGACUUCACACUCAACAGAGAAGCCUCUAUGGCGGUCACUGCCUCUGGAGACCACCAGGCCAAAGUCUUCUGCCUCCAACGACCAGAUCGUUAAUAAGAGGAGCAGAGGGAGAAAGGGCGAGAGAAAUGGGGAUGGACUCAACCCCGAUCGCGCUUUGUCGACAAUGCACCUUAAAGGCAAUAUUCCCGUUUUUGUGGAGACCGUUUUAACAGUGGACACUGCAUAUAUCGGCUCAAUCCGAAGUUGUCGCUUAACCUUUUUGGGAAAUGUGGGACGGUAGCCAACAGCCAGUGAAAGCGCAGGGCGCCAAAUUCAAAACAACAAAAAUCUCAUAAUUAAAAUUCCUCAAGCAUACACGUAUUUUACACCAUUUUAAAGAUACAAUUCUUGUUAAUCCAGCCACAGUGUCUGAUUUUAAAAAGGCUUUACAGCGAAAGCACCACAAACUAUUAUGUUAGGUCACUACCAAGUCACAGAAAAACAGCAAUUUUUCCAGCCAAAGAGAGGAGUCACAAAAAGCACAAAUUGAGAUAAAUUGAAUCACUAACCUUCAUGGUCUUCAUCAGAUGACACUCAUGUUACACAAUAAAUGUAUGUUUUGUUUGGUCAAGUUCAUAUUUAUAUAAAAAAAAAAUCUCAUUUUACUUUGGCGCGUUUACUUUGGCGUUCAGUAGUUCUAAAACAUGCGGUGACUUUGCAGAGAGCGACAUCAAUUUACAGAAAUACUCAUCAUAAAU